UCUCCCCAUAUAAAACGAGCCGUUUCCCUCUUUCUGGAGUGCCGCUGUUCUCCUUCGACAAUGGGCAGAAGACCUGCUAGAUGCUAUCGCCAGAUCAAAAACAAACCCUAUCCGAAGUCACGGUACUGCCGUGGUGUCCCUGAUCCAAAAAUCAGGAUUUACGAUGUCGGAAUGAAAAAGAAGGGAGUCGAUGAGUUCCCGUUCUGUGUUCACUUGGUCAGUUGGGAAAAAGAAAACGUCUCAAGUGAGGCUCUUGAAGCUGCUCGUAUCGCCUGCAACAAGUACAUGACGAAGUUUGCAGGAAAGGAUGCAUUCCAUCUCAGGGUUAGAGUGCAUCCCUUCCAUGUUCUUCGUAUUAACAAGAUGCUUUCGUGUGCUGGAGCUGAUAGGCUUCAGACUGGAAUGAGAGGUGCCUUUGGAAAACCUCAAGGAACUUGUGCUCGUGUUAGCAUUGGUCAGGUUCUUUUGUCUGUUCGUUGCAAGGAUAGUAAUGGAAACAAUGCUCAGGAGGCUCUUCGUCGUGCUAAGUUCAAGUUCCCUGGUCGUCAAAAGAUUAUUGUCAGCCGAAAGUGGGGAUUUACAAAAUUCAACCGCACUGAUUAUGUUCGUUGGAGAAGUGAAAACCGCAUUCUUCCUGAUGGUGUCAAUGCCAAGCUGCUUGGGUGCCAUGGGCGCCUUGCUAAUCGCCAGCCAGGAAGAGCAUUCCUCGAGGCCACAUCCAACGAGUAGAUGGAAUUCGCUGGAAGGAAUGUCACAAGUCUUAUGCUCAUUUUCAAGAAAACUUUUUGAACCUAGUUUUUACUAAUUUCAGUCAUCCCAUCUGCUAAGACUUGUUCAUUGUUGGACGCCAAAUGUGGAAUUUGCGUUUAUCAGAUUUUUGUUGGUUAGUUUAGAUGGUUGUUUUGAAUUCAGUAGCGCUUGAUGGUUGUUUUUCUUAAUUCUGAGAGGAGAGAGUUUGGUUUCAGUCAGAUUUCAUAGACAAUGUUUAUUUGCGAGAAGGCUUUGUAGGAAGUGAACAAUAAAACCUCCUCUCCGUGAUCA